AUGGGUCUACUCUUGUCUUAUUUUUGUCUAGAAAAUGUAGCCCUUAAAAGGCCGACUUGGCAACAGCACCCUCUACCUAAUGAUGCCUAUGGAUCCGAUAAUGCUGUGGACGGGGAAUACAGCGAUCGGUCAACAACAGGGGAUCAGUGCGUACUUUCGGACAACUUCCAGACAACAGCAACCUGGUGGGUGGAUCUAGGGAGGGUGUAUAGUAUAAGCCACAUCAACAUCAUGUACAAGACGGAUAAUCUACCUCGUCCCAGUCCCUUUGUUGGUCGUCUUGCCGGCUUUUCUCUUUAUGUAUCAAACACAUCGUGCAAAGACGAUGGUCAUCUUUGUUUCCAUGAAAUACAGAAUAAGGAGGGAACCCCAUCAGAAGACCAAAGGAUAAAUUGUCCUGUUCAUGGCCGAUUUGUUAUAUUUUACAACGAGCGAGUACCUGGCGUCGAGUAUCCUUAUUACUAUUCUCCAUAUGCAUACAAUGAUUUGUGUGAAGUACAAGUUCAUGGAUGCCUAAUUCGUGCAUUUUAUGGAGAAGAUUGCAAUCGAUCAUGCCCAUAUACCUGUCAGAAUCAUUUAUGUCACAUACACACGGGCGAAUGUUUUAGUUGUCUGCCGGGUUAUCAGGGGCCUCGAUGUGAGCAAAGAGUUAUCUUUCCGAACAACACCGAUAUGAACACAAGAAUUAUCAUCAAUUCUGUAAUCACCUUAUCCAUUGUCCUUAUUGGCGCCGCCAUCAUAUACCUAAUAUGGAGGAAAAAAUAAAUUUCAGAACACCAUACGACCUGGUAUAGAGCAAAGAUUGAGAACGUCUACUUCACAGAACCUAUGUGUUAUUUCCCAUCUUUGAUGAUUACAAUAAUAAAUUUUUGCAAGGAACUUUGAUUUUCACCCAAUGAAAUGAUUUUAAUGUAUUUUAUUUUCUACAAAACAUAAUUUCUGUUUGUUAUAUUUUUUUAUGUUGUGUAUGUAAUCCGGAACUGAGCAUGCACGUUUAUCUCAUGAAAUAAUUUAUGUUUACUACGUCAUAAUUGUGUGUAUUUUGUGUGUGUGUGUGUAAUAUAAUGUCUCAAUAUUUAGAUUCAACAUAAAUUGUGUAAUUAAUUGUAAACAGCCAUUCUUUUGUACUUUACUUCAAAGGCUGAACACUCUAACGGCAUAAAAAUACUCGCCAAUUCUUUGGUGUGCAGUGUUUAGAGCUGCCGUAAUUCAUUCCUCAUAAUUUAACAUUAAGUAUAGAAAACCAGACAAUUUCUUCCCCCCCCCCAAAAAAGUCUUUUAAUUGUUCAUAUUUAAAGCCUAAAGUCAAGAAGAUUGAAACGUUUUUGACGUGUCAUUGUGACGUAAGCAACCCAGGUUAUGCAAAUAAGAUUUAUUUUUCAUCAAAUCAAAUGACGCGUUACAACCAAAAAUUGUUUAUACACAUAUACAAAAUUUCUAUCAUUUUUUAUUUAAUUACAAAAAAUUUCGAAGUGUAUGUUUUAGCAUCAUUAACAUUCCCGAUCAUCAAAUGUUCCUUUAUUUUAUUUUUAGCUCUUCUGAGCCAAAGGCUCAAAGGGCUAAAUUAGUGCUAUGGCCUUUUGUGCGGUAUGUGUUUACUUU